CAACCUGUGAAGAAGAAAGUGAAGUGUCCUGAAUUAAACACGGGAGUUUUCUUUAGUGCAGUCUUACCCGGCGGUGUCCACGGAGGAACCUGUUGUCGUGAGUGGUCAGUAUGGGUUCUGAACAGCGCUAACAUCGCGUGUGACGAAGAAAACCUUUGGAGCGGAGACGGAAAGCAGGAAGAAGCGGCAGCCCUGACUCAUCCUCCGAGAGGCGGCGGCCAUGUCUCUGGGCGAGCCCACGUCGGACUCGGCGCCCUUCUUGUCCGAUGAGAGCGAGGCGGAGGGUCCGGAGGAGCAGGGUGGGGCGGCGGCGGCGGCGGGGCGGCCGCAGGACGAGUCGCCCAGCGGGGUGUCCAGAGUCCGAGCGCUGCUCACCGUCUUCAUCCUCUGCUACAUCAACCUGCUCAACUACAUGGACAGGUUCACCGUGGCAGGUGUUCUCCCCGACAUAGAGCAGUACUUUGGCAUCGAUGACGGGAAGUCUGGCUUACUCCAAACAGUUUUUAUCUCCAGUUACAUGGUCCUGGCUCCGGUCUUUGGUUACCUUGGCGACAGGUACAACAGGAAGUUCAUCAUGAGUUUCGGCAUCGCUUUCUGGUCUUUGGUGACGCUGGCCAGCUCCUACACCCCCAGAGGACAUUUCUGGGUCCUGCUGCUGACCCGAGGUCUGGUCGGCGUCGGAGAAGCCAGCUACUCCACCAUCGCUCCCACCAUCAUCGCCGACCUCUACGUGAAGGGAAAGAGGACAAACAUGCUCUCCAUAUUUUACUUUGCCAUUCCCGUCGGCAGCGGUCUCGGCUACAUCGCAGGCUCACAGGUCGGGGGUCUGGCGAAGGACUGGCACUGGGCUCUGCGGGUGACUCCGGGGCUGGGACUGAUCGCCGUGUUUCUGCUGCUGUUCGUGGUCCAGGAGCCGAAAAGAGGAGCCGUGGAAGCUCGACCGGAGCAUCACCUGCACCAGACCAGCUGGCUGAUGGACCUGCAGGCUCUGAGCAAGAACCGCAGCUUUGUGUUGUCGACCUUUGGCUUCACGUCGGUGGCGUUCGUCACCGGUUCUCUGGCACUUUGGGCUCCAACGUUCCUCUUCAGAGCAGCCGUUUUCUCCGGGGAGAGGGACCUCUGUGUGGAAGGAAACUGCGCCUCCUCAGACAGUCUGAUUUUCGGGGCCAUUACCUGCGUCACAGGUGUGCUGGGCGUGGCCAGCGGCGUGCAGGUCAGUCGCUGGCUGAGGCCGAGGACGCCCAGAGCCGACCCGCUGGUCUGCGCCGCCGGUCUGCUCCUCUCAGCACCUUUCCUGUACCUGGCCAUCGUCUUCGCUGAGGCCAGCACCAUCGCGACAUACGUCUUCAUUUUCAUGGGAGAGACCUUCCUGUCCAUGAACUGGGCCAUCGUGGCUGAUAUACUGCUGUACGUGGUCGUUCCCACUCGUCGCUCCACAGCCGAGGCUGUGCAGAUCGUCAUCUCACAUCUGCUGGGAGAUGCAGGAAGUCCAUACCUCAUAGGAGUGGUGUCCGACUCUCUGAGGAAGACGGACUCGUUCCUGUGGCAGUUUCGCUCGCUGCAGCUCUCUCUGCUGCUCUGCUCCUUCGUCGCCGUGGUGGGUGGAGCCUUUUUCCUCUCCACCGCCAUGUUCAUCGAAAGAGACCGCCACCGUGCCGAGAACUACGUCCCUACAGACGACGAGCCGAUUGUCGUACCGAAAAGCGGCCGAUCCACCAGAGUCCCGGUGUCCAGUGUCCUGAUCUGAGGACAAAAACCUGCUGGGGGCUCAGCUCGCUUCACGUCCGCUUAUUUAAUUUUUAGGACUGUGAAUAGUAAUCAGUCUGCCAUGCAGAGAAGUUUUAGCUUGAGUUUAUAUUUAAAUUUACAUUUUUACACACUUACCAUCUUGGGCAACUUUUUUUUGUGUCCAGAUGUUAUUUUUUUCCCAUGAGUCCAACACGAGGCUCGUCGGAGACAUUUUCAGAGCGGACAUGACGUCUGAAAGGAGAAGCGACCGAAGCUGCUCCGUGCUUUCAUUUUUAUUCCACAUUGAGGAGCAACUGGACCGGUUUGAUAUCUUCCUUAUCUUUAGUGGGACUGAUCUGGGAUCAGCCUGAGAUCCAGAACACUUCCUCAUCGAAAGCACAACCGAAACCAGGCUGUGGUUCCAAACCUGGAGUGAUUUUAUAUACGGGACGAGCUUUAUUAAUCACUUUUCAUAAGCAUGUGUUUAUAUAUGUUUGAGCUAGUUUUAAAUCUAACACUAACCCUCAUGAAGUGAAAUAUUAUAAUCCGAGCUGUCGCAGAGCAAGAAGAAACGUCUUCCCUCUGGACCUUUUUUAGUCAUCUGUUUUUAAAGCGUCCCUGCUGGUUUCAGCUUGUCUCUUGUUGAACGAGCUGGGACGUUUUAUUUUCUCACAGCUCGCUCUGGUUUCACAGUUUGUUUCGGCAGGUAGACCACACGCUGCUGAAAGAAUUGUGUUAACUCCAGUUAUUUAGAAAGGUUUUAAAUCAACAAGUAAUAAUAAAAGCUGUUUGUUAACCUCAAAUUAUUUCAGCAAAAGUUUUUUUGUUAACUAUUAAAGCAGAAUUAAAUUGUG